UGUAUACUUCCGGUGCACGUGCGUGAAAAAAUCGUUCUAACUUCCCCUUUUCUACUAGUUUUGAUCACUAAAAAGCAGUAAGAUGCCGAGAAGAAAAAAGAUCAAAGAAGACAAACCCAAUAAAGGCAACACCCUUGUGAAUGACAGAGAGGAGGAGUUCAAAAAGGCACCUCAUUCAUUUGUAAUCAAUCGAGGCCAUGUUGGCAAGAAUAUUUCCGAUCUUGUUCUGGAUAUACGGCGGGUGAUGGAACCUUACACAGCAUCAAAGUUGAGGACAAGAAAGAAGAAUGUGCUGAAAGACUUUGUCACCAUAGCUGGGCCGCUGAAUGUGACACACCUGUUGCUACUGUCAAAAACCGAGUCAUCUACCAACCUCCGCAUCUCAAGACUGCCCCGAGGACCGACACUGACAUUCAAAGUGAACGAGUACUCUCUUGUGAAAGAUGUGAUUUCAUCGUUGAAGCGACACAACAUGGACCCGAAGCAGUUUAAACAUCAUCCGCUGCUGGUGUUAAACAACUUCUCUGGAGACGGCAUGCAGAUGAAGCUGAUGACGACCAUGUUUCAGAAUAUGUUUCCGUCAAUAACGAUAAACAAGUUGAGCCUAUCAGAUGUAAAAAGGACAGUACUGUUGAAUUAUGAUGCAGAGACAAAGACAGUUGAUUUCAGACAUUACAAUAUCCGUGCAGUUCCUGUCGGUAUGGGCAAAGCCGUCAAAAAACUCAUCCGAUCCAAAGUGCCAGAUUUGCACAACUUUCAGGAUAUCAGUGACUUUGUUUACAGGGGUGGCAACUUGUCCGAGAGUGAGGGUGAAAUGGAUGGCCCGCAGAAUCAAGUGACUCUACCACAACACGUCCCUGGUCGUGGCAAUAUCAAGUCUUCACAAAGUGCCAUAAGGCUGACUGAGAUUGGUCCUAGAAUGAAGUUGCAGUUGAUCAAGAUUGAGGAAGGCGUGUGCUCUGGCCAGGUGUUAUUCCACGAGUUUGUCACCAAGUCGGAAGAGGAGUUGAAAAACUUGAAAGAGUUUAGAGAAAAGAAAAGGAAAUUGAAGGAGCAGCGGAAAAAAGAACAGGCGGAAAAUGUCCAUCGGAAAGAGACAGAGAAGGAGAAGCUUAAGGAAAAAUCGAUAGCGGGACAGAAGAAAGAUGAUACGGAUUCUGAGGAUGGUGCUCUGGAGGCUGAUGUUGAGGAGGAAAAAGAGAUGAAUGAUGCUGACUACUACAGAGAGGAGGUCGGGGAAGAACCAGCACCGGAGCUCUUCCCAACAAGUCAUAGUCAUGGUGGUAAAAGGAAAUUCGAUGGAAAACCUGGUGGUUUUCCGGCACGGAAAAGAGGGAAAUUCGAUAAACCACAGCGAGGACGAGAUGAAGAUAAACGGGUGGGCGGUUUCAAAAAGGAUGGGAAACAAUUUAAAAAGGGUGGUAAAGACUUUAGUAAGGGUGGCAGAGACUUCAAGGGAAAGGAUAAGGACUUCCGAAAAGGUGGUAGAGACUUCAAAGGAAAGGAUAAGGACUUCCGGAAAGGAAAGGCAUUUAGUGGAAAGGACAGUCGGGGCAAGGCUUCUGGUGGGAAGGACAAAAGGUUUGCCAAAAAGAGGGAUUUUAGUAAGGCACCUGGUGGUCAGGCUAGGAAAGGACAUUCGAAAGUUGGAGGUAUGAAGAGUAGAGGAAAAAGGUAGUGUUGAAACAGCUACAUGACAUGUAGACUUUGUUGUGUACAAGUGACCACUUUUCUCUGAAAGGAAUAUUCCUCUAGUGAAAAUAACAUAAGAUUUUCAUGGUGAGGGAUGAGUUUUAUCUGUUGAGAAUGCUUUUGUCAUUGAGAGUGUAAAGAAGGAAUGUACAGUCUAUCCAGAUAGGAAGGUUUUCCUAAAAAUGACUCUUUGUUUGCUGUGUGUAUUUCUUUUCCAUGCAUUCCCAAUGAGAAGGAAUGGAGUUUGGUAAGGAAACCCUUUUAAAUAGGGAGUUUUUCAACAAAGCUACUAGAAUCUAACUUCAUGGUGAGAGAGCUGUAUAAGAGAGUUUACAACAAAGUUUGGUGUAAAGAGAGUCAGCUAUUUGGUUAUUCUUUACUCAUUUGGUCAGCGUAAUAAAGGAUUCAUAGGAUAUCUUCAUGA